GGGCAGCUGCAGAAUGCCACAGACACACUAACACUGAUUGUCAUGGGGCAGUUAACAGAGAUCCCAAAGGCCUUACUUGAGAAGUUGUGCUGGAGAAGAUAGUCGUGCGUGUGUGGUUUUAUUCAGGCUACAAGCCGUCUCCUGAAAUCUCAAGUCUUCUUCCUGUCAUUACUUGCAUGAUGUUUUCAAAGCUUAAUGCCUUCAUUUAGAAAGAGCCCUUGUCGUUGGAGUGGGCGGUCCUCCCUCAGCUCGGUUUCGGUUGGGAUGGGAAUGAGAAGUCUGAGGAGGAAGGGAUGAUAGCUGUGCAAAGGCAGCACUGCUGCAUGGGAGCCUGGAGCCAGUUUCCUUCUGUUCUGCUAAUUUAAACAGAACUGCUUCAGGUGCUUGAGAGCUUCUUAUAAUUGGAGAGUUUUAGCUGAGUGAGAUUUGGGGCUGAUGAGAGUGAGAGUAUUGCAGAAGGAUUAUGUAAAAAUGGUAUAGAGUCCUAGGAUUCAUUCAUUCAUCUACACAAGCUGCAUUGAUAGUUUUGAACUGAGACAGGGGAGGUUUAGGUUGGAUAUGAGGAGGAAAUUUUUUACCCAGAGGGUGGUGACGCACUGAACAGGUUGCCCAAGGAGGCUGUGGAUGCCCCAUCCCUGCAGGCAUUCAAGGCCAGGCUGGAUGUGGCUCUGGGCAGCCUGCUCUGCUGGUUGGCGACCCUGCACAUAGCAGGGGGUUGGAACUGAUGAGCAUUGUGGUCCUUUUCAACCCAGGCCAUUCUAGGAUCCUAUGAAUAUAUGAAUCACGUUGACUAGUGCUGUCCUGGUUUGUAUUAAUUAGUAUCUGCUUUUUAAAAGCUUUUUUUUAAUGACAUUAUAACAGCUAGAAAUGAGAGUAAUACCGAUCUCCUGAGGUGAGGGUAAAAUAGUGGGGCUGAUGCUCAGGGUUAAUUCAGAACUGUGACCUUUACAAGAUGUGGGAUAAAAGCUUUGAGUGUCUGACGGGGAUUUAAGAGUUUUAAAUCUAAAAUGCUUUUUGAAUUAUUGGUCCUUCUCAAUCAUUCAUCUCUGAUUUCACUUUUAGAAUCUAUCACACUCCACUUAUCCGUGUUUGAAUGUUAGCUCUUGCAUAAAGCAGAACCUGACAUCAAAUUCAUAAUGCAUAGGAAGUUUUAUCUGCCACCAAGUUCAACUCAGGCUGCAGUGCUCCAAACCAGAAGACAUUGCUUUUGUUGUGCAGAAAGGAGCUGGAGUAAAUGCAGUAAGCAAGUCGUCCUGCUUGCUGUCUGCAUCUUUGAACUGUAGUGUGGCUGAGCCAUACUUCAAGAUGACACUUGUAGAACAUAAGCAGCUUCUGAGGCGUAUCUUGCAAUCCACUCAGUGUGCAGACAUGCAUAGACCUGAUCUGACCAUCCCAGAGCAGAUGUGUUCUGCUAGACAGAAAAGAGCUGGUUUGAAAUAGCAGAAUUUCAGGGCUGAGAGGAACUAAUUUUCAUGUGAUGAAUUGCCAUGUGGUUGUUGUGGGCAGGUGCUGAGAUCGAACGGAAUGGAAUUGUGAAGCCUUUAAAAUGAUGGUUUUAAAAGAAAUGGUCACAGUUCUGAUGUGUUACCCAGUGCAGAAUGUGCAUGUCCUAUACUGUUGUAUAGUACCUGCUAUACUGGUUUGGAAAGAACAACAGGAACAAAACAGUUUAGGGCAUAUUUAUAAGGCCUACGUUAAUCUUGUUCAGAUUUAAGCACUUAAUGUACUAUUUGUGCACAUCAUAACUCACCAGUAACCAGAAGUAUGUGGAAAGAACUGGGGCGUGAGCAUUUUCCCAUAAUAAUAUAUUAAUUUGGAGCUUGUGAUGAAGCGUGAGAGAACAGAUUAGAUGGAGCUGCUUUACAGCCUCUAGAAAGGCUUUAUUUCUACAAAGAUUGCAUACUGGCAGCAAUUGUAUUGAAGGGCUUCCUGCUGACAGCUCACUUCCCUGUUGACUGAAGGUAAGGAUGGGCAGAGGAGCCCUUGUUUCAAGUCCCUGCUUGGAUGGCACUGGGCCUGUUAUGUGCACUGGUGCCAAGGCCAGUGGUUUGGAUGACAUCUGAAUGAGUGUCUCUGGUUGGCAGGCAUGGCCAGAGCUUGGCGGCUAUGGGAUCUGUUGAUGUCUGAGGAGCAGCAUUCUGCCUGGAGCUGGUUUUGUUUGUAAUUUAGAGCAUGCCUGCCUUUUGUUGGCUGUAGGGAGAAUAAAUAAUGUUAACGAGGGGAGGGACUCACAGAGCAGCAGGCUUGGCAUCUUGCAUCAAGGUGGUGUCAGGUGGAAAUAGUGAGGCCGGGCCACAUCUCACACCAAAAUCCACCACUUUUUACGGUGCUUUAAGGCUGAGGUCAAGACAACUAAAUGCAAGUUCCCACAAAAUAAAGGGACUGUCAAUGCUGUAAGAGGAAGGGCUUUAAGACUGAGGCAUAAUUAAUGUCAUUGUGGUGCCUCAGACGCUCCUCAGGUGUAGAGAGUGCAGUAGGAAACACAAAGGUUGUUUGAAUAUCUACUGGUGGAGGUUAAGGUGGCAAGAGGAGCUCUGCUACCAAACGAAUGGCGAUUGGUAACGUGGGGAUGGUGGCCUUGAAGGUGAAUGUGAGCCAUCAGAGAUGGAAAGCUUGAAGAGGAGGCAGUAUGAUUUAAAAUGAGUUGAUGUGGUGAAAGCUGUAGUCCAGGUGCAGGGGCUGCAGGUCUUGAAUUUCAGGUGGUUUUUCAGCUAGGAUUUUCAUCUUACUUAUCUUAAGGGAUUCAUCCCCAUUUUAUUUGUGGUGUUCUGUCACUUCAGUGACAUUUAAAUGUGCUGCUGUGUAUUUCUGUUGCCUUUAUGUCAUGCAUCUGGCACAGGCUAGGAUAAAGUUGACCGAGAUCUGUAGAACUGAAGCUUCCAUCUGAAGCUCUAACAUAUAUAGAUAGUUUGACUGCAUUAAAAAUGAGUUAAACAUGCUGUUGAGCUAAUGUCUAAUUAGUCUGGCACAGCAAUUUGCUUUAGGAAUGACCUUAAGUCCUGUAUGCGUUUCUAAGCGUUCUGACUGCAAUGCCUAGAAGGAAUGAAAGAUGUAAUUUAUUUUUGUACCUUGUUAUGGAAACCUGUCCUGGUUGGGGUGAUAUUGGAAGGGUGUCCAGCUAAGGAUGUGGAGUCUAGAAGAGGCCAUGAGGAUGCUCAGAGGCUGGAGCACAUCUGCUGUGCAGACAGGCUGGGGGUGUUCAGCCUGGAGAAGGCUCCAGGGAGACCUCAUUGCCACCUUCCAGCACCUAAAGGCAUAAAAAGCAGAAAUUAUUAUAGAGAUCUUCCUAUCUGGGCCCAGACUCUCUUCUUCAAAGCAUCACAUCAACGUGCUAAAGAGUUGAAUAAGUCAGAGCCAGGCACUGACAGAUGUGUUGGCUGAUAACACUGACGCCAGUAGGAAAGGGUCAAAUAGAUGUUGUUUGACCUUUAUCCCAGCGGGGAUCAAAUUGAUUCUAAUUAAUAGACCUGGGAAUAGCUGGCUACCUUGGCAGACUUUGCAACUCAUUUAAAUUGUUCAUCCUGUUAGUUUAGCCAUAAACUACAUGUAAUUACAAGAGGGUUUUGUGGACAGCCACACUUGUGUUGCCACCUUCUUAAUGACAGUUUAUUGAAUACAGUGCUACAGAGCUGACUUAUUUUGAUUAACGUAGAGCUUUGUUGUCUAACACUGCCCGACCAAAUGCAUCAGUGCUCUACUAACAAGAAAGUACUGUUUGAAAGCACAAAUGCAGCUCUGCUGAAAUCAGUUACAACUUCCCAAUGUGACCAUGAGAUAAACGUGGCUCUCAAUGUAUGAUCAAUGGCAGUUGUACCUGUAUGCUUAAGCAACUCUUAAAACUAUACAUAUUUGAGGUGCUAUAAAAAUAAUGCCUGGAAAGAUGAUAGACUGUGGUUGUCCUAUGGCUGGGUGUGUUUUCAGCCACAGGUUAGCCUACAUAAGGUUGGGGAGGCUGUUGGUAUGACCUGGCUGCUAUGUUUCAUCCCGCAUCUAAAUGAAACAGCCUUUUAAAGUAGGUGCAAAUGCAGUCAAGCAUGGCUUCCCAUGCUUCUAUACAGACAUCAACUUGCACCAGUUGUACAGGUAGACAGCAUUUGUCUUUUAGGUUUGGCUUCUCUCCCAACAAGAGUGAAGCUGCUGGCUGAGUAUCCAUGAGUACCAACUUGCAUCCAAAAGUGAAAACUGCAGACGCUGAACACAGUCUUAAUUCAGUGUUUCUACAAGCUUCUCUGUGCAGCAAAGUUCAUCUGUAUUGCUAAUCUGAAGUUAAGAGACCAUGAGUUACUACUUAAAAAAGCCAGGAGAUUCGAAGCAAUUAGAAUUGUUUGUUCCUUCUGUUUGCCCUUUGACUCACUGGGUACACCCCAGUUGCAUUUUCAAGAUUUCCUUCAUAUCUGAGGAGCGGACGAAAGUUGCACCACUUCAAAUGAAAGCAGAAAUUCUUAGAUAACCAUUUAACUCUUGGCACUGAACUGUGAGCAGAACUUCAAAUAUUAUGAGACAUAAAUGCAUGUGGGUGGAAAAUGUUGUAAAGAUGCUGCAGUGUUCAUAGAACCAUUCAGGUUGGAAAAGACCUCUGAGAUCAUCCAGUCCAACCCAACCCACCCCACCGUGCCCACUGUCCACAUCCCUCAGUGCCACAUCUCCACACUGAACACCUCCACGGACGGUGACCCCACCGCUCCCCAUGCAGCUGUGCCAGCACAUCACUGCUCUUCUGGAGGGGAAGCUGUCCCUGAUAUCCAACCUGCACCUCCCCUGGCACAACUUUAAGAAGAAGGGAUCAGCAAUAGCAGAAAACAGGCCAUCAGAUCAUCCUGUGGGGUCGAACUGAGAAAUGCCUGAAGGAGACCACAGAGGAAAUCAGGAUGAUGGGGACAGAGUGCCAUUAUUUCAUCUGUGAUGUUGGAAACAGAGAGGAAGUCUAUCGGCAAGCCAAAGCUGUGCGGGAGAAGGUGGGUGACAUCACUAUCCUAGUGAACAACGCUGCUGUGGUCCAUGGUAAAAGUCUGAUGGACAGCGACGAUGAUGCACUGCUCAAAUCACAGCACAUAAACACCCUGGGACAGUUCUGGACCACCAAAGCAUUCUUGCCAAGGAUGCUGGAGUUGCAGAACGGACACAUAGUUUGCUUGAACUCUGUCCUGGCCUUGUCAGCCAUCCCGGGUGCCAUUGACUACUGCACCUCCAAAGCUUCGUCUUUUGCCUUUAUGGAGAGCCUGACCUUGGGGCUGCUAGACUGUCCUGGAGUGAAUGCCACAACAGUGCUGCCCUUCCACACGAGCACAGAGAUGUUCCAGGGCAUGAGAAUCAGGUUCCCUAAUCUUUUUCCUCCUCUCAAGCCAGAGACUGUGGCUAGGAGGACAGUGGAAGCUGUGCAGAUGAAUCAAGCCUUCCUGCUCCUUCCAUGGACAAUGAAUGUUCUGGUCAUCCUGAAAAGCAUUCUCCCUCAGGCCGCGCUUGAAGAAAUCCACAAGUUUUCUGGGAGCUACACCUGCAUGAACACUUUUAAAGGCCGAACAUAGACCUGGUGGUGCAAGGACUGUUCUUCAGUGAAACCAGCACAAGCAUGAAAAUCCUGACAGGGCUGUGAAUCAGCAGUCUUGGCUUGUAGCCUGUUCAUGUGACUCGCGCUGCUUUGAGGCAACGCAUUUCUUGCAGGUCAUAUCCAUAGUAACAUGACCUUUGCACAGGAUUUAAUGACCAGACUAUGGACCCUUGGCAAGAAAAAAACAAAAAGUGUGAAAUGUUUAUGUGAUGUUAAAUUCUUUAGGGUUCAAUUGUUAAAUCUGCUCAUAGUUUUAAGAUGUAAUUGUUGUUUCUAAAGAGUGUGGGCUGUCUCAGCUGAGAGGCUGCAUGUCGCACCCCGGGCUUCAUCCGCUCUCUUCAGAGGAACUGCAAUUGCAAACUGACACUGAUUACAUUUCAGCUUUUUGAAUGGGAAACUUUAAAAAUGAAGAGCUACAAGCCGCGGACAUUGAAUGGAAGCUUCCUUCCCUUCCUUCGCUUUAUAUUUGUUGAUGAAGCCAUUCCCAAGUCAUGGCAGGGAAGGAGCAAACUGCUGUUUUCUUUGUGCGAGGCUCCCCAGGCCUUUUCUCUGCAAGGACUGCUCUGUGCCCAGGAAAGCUGUCUUACUGCACCCAUGAAGGCUGGACAGGAAUGCUCAGUCAGAAGAGCAUACAGUUUGAAUCGUGGAAGAUUCCUUCUGUCAUUGAGCUCAUAUAUGGAAUGUAAUUGUCUUUCUGAAUAUUUUUGUUCAUUUAUGAUGAAAUAUAUAUAUUUUUAGCAUUAAUUCCAGAUUGCCACGCAUGUAAGACAGCAUCACACUGGGGGUGAACUAAAUCUAGAGCCUGCUUGUACAAAAACACAUUCAGUGACAUAAUCCAUACAGAGUAAAAUCCGUUGUAUCAAUCUGCACAAUGAAAUAAGUGGAAUAAUUCUCUGCAAAUGGAAGAGACAGUGCUGUAGUGCUCAUGAAAUGUGGAGUUUGGAAGCACAGUUAGCAAAGGCCUGAUUAAAUGCAUGUUGAAUUCAA